UAUAUAUUGAGAAACAUUCAAUGACCCUCAUAUAUAGGCCUCCGUAGAAUAAAGAGGUUGAUAUGUACAACGUAGCCUUGGGGCAACCAAGGUGUUUGAUUGAUAAUCGGAAGGAAAAAUGAAGAAGGCAUUAGGCUGCCUUUUAGUACUCAUCUGCCUUGUAUCCCUGUACCAGGUCUCCCUCGCAUUAACCGAUGCCGAGGUUGAAUUCAUUGCCCAUCGCCAGCUCCUAGCUCUUGAGGAUGGGAAGGCUAAGGCCCUGGAGAAUUGGGAGGAGAAGGUAGAUAAAAAACUGGUAUUCGCCAAUGACAGGCAAAAAAAAGCUUAUGUUGCGCUCCAGGCCUGGAAGAACGCCAUCUAUUCUGACCCGAACAAAAUCACUGCCAACUGGAAUGGCCCUGAUGUAUGCUCCUAUAAAGGCGUCUUCUGCGAUCACGCCCUGGAUGAUCCCAAUAAGCCCUGGGUUGUUGCGGGUAUUGAUCUCAACGAGGCCGACAUUGCCGGCCAUCUCCCCCUCGAGAUUGGCCUCCUUACCGACCUCGCGCUCAUCCACCUCAACUCCAACAGGUAUUGCGGUAUAGUCCCCCAGACCAUCACCAACCUCACUCUUCUAUUCGAGAUUGAUUUCAGUAACAACCGCUUCGUCGGGCCCUUCCCGGACGUUAUCCUGGAGCUGGAGUCCCUCAAGUAUUUGGAUCUCAGGUUCAACGAUUUCGAAGGGGAACUGCCCCCGGGGCUGUUUGACAAAGAUAUGGACGUCAUUUUCUUGAACAACAAUCGGCUGGGGGGCAACAUUCCCGAGAAUUUCGGCAACUCCUCGGCCUCGCUUGUGGUGCUGGCUAACAACGAGUUUAGUGGGUGCGUCCCCGGCAGCGUUGCGAAAAUGGAAGGAACAAUGGAGCAGUUGCUUUUGAUGAACAACGCUUUCUCGGGGUGUUUGCCUGAAGAUAUGAGUUUGCUCCGCAAUGUCACCCUGAUUGAUGUGAGGAAUAACAAGCUGGUUGGGGAGUUGCCCAAAGGGUUGGAGUAUAUGCAGAGUCUGGAAAUCGUGAAUCUUGAUGGGAACAUGUUCACGGGGCGUGUUCCUGAUACCCUCUGCACCUUGCCCAAUCUUAAAAACCUGUCCUUCUCCGACAACUAUUUCGACUCCCAGGAUCCAUCAUGCGUUCCCCCGCAGGAGGGGAUUCAGUUGGAAAAUACUAAAAAUUGUUUCCCAGGAUUGGAGAACCAGAAGUCAGAGAGUGCAUGCCGUGAAGUGAUGAGCAAGCCAGUGGAUUGUAGUAAAAUGAGCUGCCGAGCUAACUCGGGUGGCAGUGGUCCAGAUUCAACCCCACCCACCCCUAAACCGCCUCCAGUCGCUUCUCCGCCGCCGCCAGUCCCUUCUCCUCCGCCACCCGUCCCUGUUUCAUCCCCACCACCACCACCUCCCGUCUAUUCCCCACCGCCCCCCUCACCGUCUCCACCACCCCCCACACCGUCUCCACCACCGCCUCCGGUCUAUUCUCCACCUCCCCCCACACCCGUUCCGUCCCCGCCACCGCCACCGGAUUACCCGAAGGUGGUUCUUCCUCCAGAUUUGGGAGCUGUGUAUGCAUCACCCCCACCGCCAGUCUUCAAAGGCUAUUAAGGAGUGCGUCAUCAAUAUCAUCAUAUUUCUAUACUAUUGUAUCACCAUUUCUGGUCCAUACAACAGCACACCAUUGUAUUUCCAUUUCUGGUCCAUACAACAGCUCACCACGUUAAAAUCAACAGAACCAACCAAUUGAGCAUCAAAAUGACGGAACCGGACCUCAUUGAAUUUCAUCAUUUUUAUAUGAUCCGUUAUUGUAUGUAGUAUGGACAUCCAUUUUUCAUCAAUUCUAAAAAA